AUGACGCAGGGGCUGGCCGACUCCUCAGAGCUGGCGUUCGUCCUGGAGCCGAGUGAUGUGAUCGCCGUCCGGGAGCGGCCCCUCCUGCUCCACUGCCAAGUGGAAGGCGAGGCGCCCAUCACUCGCACGUGGUACCGGAACGGAGUCCCCCUCUCCAAUGACAGCCAGGUGGCCAUCUUGUCCAACGGAUCCCUCCUCCUGGAGAGUGUCCACCGGAGACCCCGCGGAGGAGGAGGAGGAGGAGGAGGAGGAGGAGGAGGAGGAGGCUCCGAUGCCAGUACAACCAAUGCCACCGAGUCCAGCACUGGAGAGUACAGCUGUGCCGCCCAGAACCGCUAUGGCCUGCUGGUCAGUCGCAAGGCCCGUGUCCAGAUUGCCACCCUGUCCAGGUUCCAUAUGCACCCGGAGUCCAUGUCGGUCGAGGAAGGAGGAGUGGCCCGCUUCCAGUGCUUGAUCCAGGGUGUCCCCGAAGCGACGAUCACCUGGGAACGCAACCGCACCGCUCUCCAAACGGAUGACUACCGGUUCACGUUGCUCCCCACCGGCAUCCUGCAAAUCACGGGGGUCCGCCGUUCCGACGUGGGGACCUACCGCUGCGUGGCCAGCAAUAUCGCCAACACCCGUUACAGUCAAGAGGCGGUGUUAAGCAUAAGUGUGUUUGCCCCCAAACUCUACAAAGAGCCGGUCAUUCUGUCCGGCCCACAGAACCUGACCAUCAACGUGCACCAGACGGCCAUCUUGGAGUGCAUCGCCACCGGCAAUCCUCGGCCGAUUGUGUCUUGGAGUCGUCUUGAUGGACGUUCCAUUGGUGUCGAAGGCAUCCAAGUUUUGGGAACUGGCAACCUCAUGAUCUCCGAUGUCUCGGUGAAACACGCCGGCGUUUACGUUUGUGCUGCCAAUCGCCCGGGAACCCGCGUUCGCCGUACCGCGCAGGGCAUCCUCAUGGUCCAAGCACCACCCGAAUUCGUGCAGUGGCCCCAGUCCAUCUCCAAGCCGCCCGGUGGGAGCGCCAUCUUCACCUGCGUGGCCCAAGGUGUGCCCGAACCUCACCUGAUUUGGCUGAAGAACGGCAAAGUCCUGGCACCGGGAGAGAACGUCAAGCUCACCCACAACAACAGCACCCUGAUGAUCCAGCGGAUUACCUCGGCCGACGAGGCCAUCUAUCAGUGCAUCGCGGAGAACAGCGCCGGUACCAACCAGGCCAGUGCCCGGCUAGCAGUGGCCCUGUCCAAAGAGCUGCCUCGCUCCCCUGAAGGCGUCCAGGCCACGGCUUUGUCCACUACCUCCAUCCAGGUCUCCUGGAUGGAGCCCCCCAUGGAGGUGACCGAGGCCAUCAUCGGAUACGUCCUCCACAUCCGAAAAGCAGGAGAAUCGGACAGCCGCGAACUGCAAGAGGCGGUCAGCAAGACGACCUUCCAGCACGUCUUCACCAACCUGGAGCCGUCCACCACCUACUCCAUCUACCUGAAGGCCUACUCUCCUUUGGGGGCCAGCCAGGACUCCCAGCCCAUCUUGGCCACGACCCUGGGCAGCAUCCCUGCAGCGUUGGGUUUCUUCACCAAGGUCUUGAAUGCCAGCGCCAUCCAGGCCUUCUGGGAACUGCCUGCUUCUGGCCGCAUCGAGGGCUUCAAGCUUUACCUCCGAAAACUGCCCGGCGCCCAUUUCGAGGGGCCCCAGCUCUUGCCCGGCACCUCCAACUCCUUCAUCUAUGGAGACUUAGAGCCGUCCGCGACUUACGAGAUCAAACUCCAGGCCUUCAAUGGGAACGGGGAUGGGAACAGCAGCAUCCGGUUCGUCUCGCUUAAGGAGAAUUCGGAGAGGCUGGGUAAGGACGGCAACUCGGUGUGCCAAUGUGGGCAGGAGGGGGACAGCUCUCUCGCGGGGAUCGUGGUCGGGGUCCAUAUCGGCAUGGCCUGCAUCAUAUUCUGCGUUCUCUUUCUGAUGUUUGGUUAUCGCAAGAGGUAA